AUGGCCAAGCUCAAUAACUCUUGGUCGAACGUGAACAGCGAGAGGGACAUAAUCAACGCGCUGGUGUGGUGCCGGUGGAUACUGCGAAUCCUCGGGGUCUGGCCGCUGGUGUACACGGACACCUCGACGAUCGAGAAGAUCCUGGCGACGUUGUCGUUCACGCUAUGCUGGUCCGCGCUCAGUUUCCUCCUGAUUCCCAUGGUCAUCUUCACGCUCUCGGAGCACAGGGUCGAGGACAAGCUCAAGAUACUGGGCCCGCUAAACUACGUGCUGACCUCGAUGCUCAAGUACUUCUUCCUGGUGAUGCGUCGCGAGAACAUCCGGCGAAGCAUUCGCGUGCUGAGCACCGACUGGCGCGCGGUCCAGCAGGAGGAUCAUCGAAAGAUCAUGAUUAAGAACGCGGCGAAGAGCCAUGUGUUGUCCAAGUUCUGCAUAAUGUUCAUGUAUUCCGGGGGCUUGUCUUUUCAUACCGUGCUGCCGUUUCUGUCACCCGCCAUGACGCUCAAUGAGCAGAACGUCACCGUUAGGCCGAUACCUUAUCCCGGCUACGACGUCAUUUUCGACUUGCAAUUCAUGCCGACUUAUGUGUUCGUCUUUUGCGGGCAAUGGUUCGGUAGCAUCGUCCUGUUCAACGUCACCACGGCGGUGUGUUGCUUGGCAUCUAUGUUCGUAGCUCACGCUUGCGGUCAAAUCGAGACCGUGAUGGCUCGUGUAGAAAGCUUUGUAAAAGGUACACAAGGCGAUCGCAUGAAGCAGCGUAUGGCGGUUAUUGUGAAACACCAUGUGCAGUCAUUAAGAUUUUCAGUCAGCAUCGAUAGUAUUUUUCGCGAAAUAUAUCUGGUUGAAGUAGUGGGAACAACGUUUACUAUAUGCGUGCUGGAAUAUGAUUGCCUCACGGAAUGGAGGAACAACGAUAGCAUAGCAAUUUUGACAUAUCUCUUUCUAUUGAUAUCAUUUACCUUCAAUGUUUUCAUACUUUGCUACAUUGGUGAACAGUUAACAAAUCAGUGCAGCAAAGUUGGAUAUACUUCGUACGGAAUCGAGUGGUACCAUUUAUCAGGGAAAGUUGCACUCGAUCUCACGUUAAUAAUCAGCAUAUCGCAUUUUCCAGUAAAAAUUACUGCAGGAAAAAUAAUUAAUCUUUCGUUCUCUAGUUUCGGCAACGUUCUGAAAACUUCGAUUGCGUAUCUAAACUUGCUCCGAACUUUCGUUUGAUACACGCGAGAGAAUCUUUCUAAUCC